GCAUAUCGUUACAGAAAUAUUUAUCAUGCAACAUAAAUACUUGUCCUAUGACACAAACUAUGGUCAUGAAACGCAACUUAUUCUGAUCGAUUCUGGUUCUGUGAUCAAAGCUUAUGUUAAAACCCCAAAAAUUUGUCAGAUAACACCAAAAUAUUUUUCAUUUUUUGUUGAUCAAAAUGCUAAAAUAAUUUUGAUCAUAUUCCUGAGACGCCAAAUAAUUUGGGUUGAAUUUGUGUUCGGGAAACAAAAUUUAACCAAAACGUUCGCCGUUGUGACCUUCUACCGAAGAAGUUGCCCUUCAACUCUUUUACAAAUCAUCUCCGGAAUAAAUAAUGCAGACAAGAAAGGUGAUAUCACGUGGAUAGGCGCAAAACUAAGACCUAUGUGCAAAUAG